GUGACCCAGCUGCUCAUGCUGCCGCCACUCUGUUGGGAGAAGGGAGGAAAAGGUCUUCUGGGUUGAUCCCAUUAAAUGUGGGGCCUGCUUUCAGCCCAGACCUCCCUGCAGCACUUCUGUCCUUUGUUCCUUCCCACCUCCCUCUGUUAUUCCAUCCUGCUUAUGCUGUUUGAACGCUGGGCUCAAGCAAUGCAAAGCAUUCCGAAGGGCCUUGACUUGGCUCCAGCUCUGCCGAAUGUCUCUGCUGCAGAUCCAGGGCUGGAGCCUUUGAUACUGAUUGAUGGUAGCAGUAAAGGGGGAAAGUGCUGCUUUAGGAGGGGAUUUUCAAAGGCACUAGGAGGAGACAGGCACUUUCAACUCCUAUUGACUUAGGCACUGCACGCUCACUGUAACUGCCCUUUGUGCCUUUGAUUUCUAACGGGAAGAUUUUCAGUCUUUAAAUAUGGACAUUUUUCAAGAGUUUUCUCCCCAUUGCUUCCCGUGUUGGACCCUGGCCAACCCAGUAACAGCAGCAUGUCAGCCUGUGCAGGGCUGUGUGGUCAAAGGCUGGAAAAGCACAUUGCAAGCUGGACUCAUGCAUCCCAAGCUGUAUAGCAGGCUGUUAGAUCUAACCAAGAACAGAAUGGGGAAGCAGAACAGUAAACUGCGACCUGAGGUACUCCAGGAUCUCCGGGAGAAUACAGAAUUCACAGACCAUGAGCUUCAGGAGUGGUACAAAGGCUUCCUAAAAGAUUGCCCCACGGGUCAUUUGACUGUUGAGGAAUUCAAAAAGAUAUAUGCCAAUUUUUUCCCCUAUGGUGAUGCAUCGAAGUUUGCAGAGCAUGUGUUCCGCACUUUUGAUACCAACGGCGAUGGGACGAUUGACUUUAGGGAAUUUAUCAUUGCGCUGAGCGUCACUUCUCGGGGAAAGCUCGAACAGAAGCUGAAAUGGGCGUUUAGCAUGUAUGAUCUUGAUGGCAAUGGAUAUAUCAGUCGUGGCGAAAUGCUUGAAAUCGUGCAGGCAAUCUACAAAAUGGUGUCAUCUGUAAUGAAAAUGCCAGAAGAUGAGUCCACUCCAGAGAAACGAACAGACAAAAUCUUCAGACAGAUGGACACAAACAAUGAUGGUAAACUGUCCCUGGAAGAGUUUAUUAAAGGUGCCAAGAGUGAUCCCUCUAUUGUGCGAUUGUUACAAUGUGAUCCAAGCAGUGCAAGUCAGUUCUAAUUAAACUCUGGACAGUUUGCAAAGAAACUGCUGGCUUGUUGUUCAAGCUUUGCUCGCAAAUGGAUGCCUUCUCAAUCAUUCCUCAACUUGCUAGUGGAUAAGAUUCCAUUGCCAGAUUUUGUGUGUGUGUGCGUGCGUGUGUGCACACGCACGUGCGUGUAUCGGAGUGAGGACUGCCUCACUCCUCUCACUAACAUGAGUGCAAUGUUCCUUUUGCAGUUCUGUUUUUCUCCCUCUUCCUCCCCUCCAAUGUUACCACUCACUCUACAUGGUUAACGUAAUUGAAAGGUAUGUUUACAUGCAGAUACAAAGAGUUCAAAUUUCUGGUGAGGUAUCUCAUCUUUUAGUCAGUAAGAAUGAUGAUGUUCUAGUAGCCCCAAGAAGAUACUAGAUAGAAUUUUUAUCCAACUUAGCAGAUGGUAGGUCAUCAUUUUUUGAAGCAAAAUGUGAACUGAAUGGAGUAGAAAGAAGAAGAGAAACUUUUCUGGGCAUGGUUCCAAAUUGUCUGUGCUUUUGAGGAAAAUUGCUUGCACUUAUCUAAUUGUCUACUUUCUUUUAAUAUUAUAUAUAUAUAUAUAAAUUAUAUAUAUAUGGUGAAGUAAAAUUUUAAUAUGUAGGUCAGGUAUUUAUGCAUAAAGUAGAAUUCAAGCUUAAUUUCUUCUUGUUGUCCGUGAUUUAUUCAAAUCUUGAAGAUUGUUUUUGAGAUAUUUAUGCAUUAGCAAAUUGCUGUUAAAGAAAAUGCAUGACUAGCAAUUUGUGGCUAUUUCACUCUGUUUAAUUACUGAAUGCAAAUAUUCGUUCAUUUUUACUGUUGAUCGUUCCAGCGUUUACUGUAUUAACGAAAGAAUAAAAGGAAUCAUUCUCAUUUUGUAUUUCUCGGUGGAGUCCCACUUGGUAGUGGUUGCAGCAUUAACUGGCUUUUGAGUGACACGAGGUGAUGUGACUCACGCUGCUGUUCUAAACUUUGCUAUGCUCGCCAUUCUUUUGCUGUCAAUAUGUUAAUAGUCUUGUGCAAUCCAGUGUUAUUUAAUAUCUGCCUAAUGCCAAGAAAUAUUCAUUGAAAUAAAAUACUACUUUUCUUGUCAA